CACUUUGUGUGUUUCUUGUUGAGUAUAAGGAUGUGAUAUGGACCAACUUUCUGGAUUUUUUUGGGAUCCUGAAGAGGAGCAGCUGAAGUAUGACGGGCCAGUCGGCUGCUGAGGGAUCUCCAUGCUCUCAUCGUCUCUCUGUGCAAACUCAAGAGGAUGAGCAGGACCGAGCAGAGAGUGUGCUUAGCAGGUCUCAGUCUGCGUGUGAUGACACCUCGUCUGAGCUGCAGCGAGUAGCUGCUCUAGAGCCCCAAGAUGCGCCAUCAAGAAACUCCUUUAGAGGAAGAGGAGCUCUGUCCAGGUUGGUGACUCUGGUGGUGACUCUGAGAGACUGGGCACACAGGAGUCUGAUUGAGGAAGAAGAGAGACCCGAUUCCUUCCUAGAGAGAUUCCGGGGACCCGAAGUUCGAGCCCCACCCAGUCGAAGGAGCAACAACCAACCGGACGCCAAUGGAAAUACUAAGGGAAAUACAAAGAAACAAUGGGAGACAUUUAUAGUUUCUCCAUCUGAUGAUAUUUACUACUACUGGCUCUUCUUUAUCGCCGCUGCUGUGCUCUAUAACUGGGUUCUUCUUGUAGCCAGAGCAUGUUUUGAUCAGCUUCAGACUGAGAAUCCUAUUGUCUGGCUGGUUUUUGACUAUAUUUGUGACUUUGUCUACAUACUGGAUUCAUGUAUGCGGCUAAGGACAGGUUACCUGGAGCAAGGACUUCUGGUGAAGGACCUAGCGAAACUCAGAGACAGCUACAUUCAUACAUUUCAGUUCAAAUUGGACCUUAUCUCCAUCCUUCCCACGGACCUGGCGUACAUCUUCGUGGGCAUCAACACACCACAGGUCCGCUUCAACCGCCUCCUGCGCUUCUCUCGUAUGUUUGAGUUCUUCAAUCGUACUGAGACGAGAACCAACUACCCAAACAUCUUCCGCAUCUGGAACUUGGUGCUCUACAUUCUAGUUAUUAUCCACUGGAAUGCCUGCAUCUUCUAUGCCAUCUCAAAGUCUCUUGGUUUUGGGUCAGAUCCAUGGGUUUAUCCCAACAUCUCAUCUAUAGAGGAAGGAUCUCUGAGACGGAGUUACGUAUACUGCUUCUACUGGUCCACAUUGACCCUGACCACCAUCGGAGAGAUGCCACCGCCCGUACGGGACGAGGAAUAUGUGUUUGUGGUGUUUGAUUUUCUUGUCGGAGUGCUCAUUUUUGCCACCAUUGUGGGUAAUGUGGGCUCCAUGAUUUCCAAUAUGAACGCCACACGGGCAGAGUUCCAGGGACGGAUUGACGCUAUUAAACAUUACAUGCACUUCCGCAAAGUCAGUCGCCAUCUUGAGACACGUGUUAUCAAAUGGUUUGACUACCUGUGGACAAAUCAGAAAGCGGUGGAUGAACAGGAAGUCUUAAAGAAUCUUCCUGACAAGCUACGUGCAGAAAUUGCCAUCAACGUUCAUUUAUCUACUCUGAAGAAAGUUCGCAUCUUUCAAGACUGUGAGGCCGGACUGCUGGUAGAACUGGUUUUAAAGCUGCGCCCUCAAGUGUACAGUCCCGGUGACUACAUCUGCCGAAAAGGAGACAUUGGAAAAGAGAUGUAUAUCAUUAAAGAGGGAAAAUUAGCAGUUGUUGCUGAUGAUGGGGUGACACAGUUUGCAUUGCUAACAGCUGGAGGCUGUUUUGGUGAGAUUAGCAUUCUUAACAUUCAGGGUAGUAAAAUGGGAAACCGUCGGACAGCUAACAUUCGCAGCAUCGGCUACUCUGACCUCUUCUGCCUUUCAAAGGACGACCUAAUGGAGGCCGUAACCGAAUACCCAGACGCUCAGAAGGUUCUGGAGGAGCGUGGAAGGGAGAUUCUGAGGAAGCAGGGGCUUCUGGAUGAAAGCACCGCACAGGCAGGCAUGCUUGUCAUGGAUACAGACGAGAAAGUUAAACAUCUGGAGGGCUCACUGGAUGUUCUACAAGCACGUUUCGCACGGUUGCUCGGUGAGUUUACAGUGACUCAAAGCAGACUGAAGCAACGAAUUACAGCGCUUGAGAGACAACUGUGUCAUACGGGCCUUGGGCUUGUUUCAGAUCAAGAGAUGGACUUUGAGAGUAAUGCUAACACACCACGAGCCAAUUCAACAGCAUAGAUAUGCUCAUUUGCACCAUAAAGAUUGUGCCUCUAUGUCACUUGCAGGAUUAGCCUAUAUUUCUAGAUGCACAUAAAUUUACAGUCACAGACAAUUGCUUUUUCAAACACGUUCCAACAGCCUUCAGCGUUUAGACUUGGUUUUUCAAGUAUUGUCUUUAAUGGAUAUAUAUAUAUAUAUAUAUAUUUUUUUUUUUUUUUAAGAAAGACACCAUAUUUAAUUUUCCCUAAAUGAAAAUGUGUGAGAGAUAGAAGUAGUCCUUCAGGACUGCAUCUACAUUUAUAUAUAGAUAUAUCAUCAGUGUUGUUAUUAACUAUUGUUAAUUGAAAAAAGCUGAAAUAAAAUAAAAUAUACAAAUUCAUCUAUCUAUCAAUUCUCCAAAUGAUGUGUCCAUGUAAAGACUAUAAAAUAUAAAUAUUAGGUAAUUAUUAUUUUUUGAAUCAAACGAAAAUGAGAAAAGUUGGGAACUAAUUGAAAUCAAAGAUGAUGUAGCUAUACUAAAAUGACAAACUACAACUGAAAUAUAAAUUAAUUAAAGAUAAAUAGAUUUACAAAUGCACAAAUGCAGCUAAAAAUAUUUUUAUUACUAUUAAUAAAGGCUCGUUUUCAUUUGUGAAAUAUUUAAUAUGGCUGUGAAAACAGUCCACACCCAGGACAAAUGCUGCAGUCAAAAUGUGAAUUGAUAGACUGUAUAGGCUCUUUGUAACAUGUUGGGUUCAUGCCUUAAUUCGCUUUUUCGCACUAAUGUAUGCAGAAAAAUAACCAAAUGUAUAUUCUGCAUUAUUACUGUGAUCCGAAUGUAUACUGUUUGCAACUCAAGCUCAUUUAAAAAUA